CUCCUUGUUUCAAUUGUUCCAUCCUCCCUGGAGAGCUACCCCCAAAUGGGUCAAGGAGCCCCAUGUUCUGCAAUGGCAGUGAAGUCAAGGCAAACUUUGACCCUGAGGACUUGAACCUGACUGAUGAAGCCCUAAGGCUGAAGUACCUGGGGCCACAGCAGAUAGAGCUGUUUGUGCCUAUCUGUGCCACGUACCUGUUGAUCUUUGUGGUGGGCACUGUGGGCAACGGGCUGACCUGCACCGUGAUCCUGCACCACAAGGCCAUGAACACGCCCACCAACUUCUACCUUCUCAGCCUCGCUGUGUCCGACUUGCUGGUGCUCCUGGUGGGCCUGCCCUUGGAGCUUUAUGAGAUGCGACACAAUUACCCGUUCCAGCUGGGCGCAAGUGGCUGCUACUUCCGAACACUGCUCUUUGAGACCGUCUGCCUAGCUUCAGUGCUCAAUGUCACAGCCCUGAGUGUGGAGCGCUAUGUGGCUGUGGUGCACCCACUCCAAGCCAAGUCUGUGAUGACACGGGCCCACGUGCGCCGCAUGUUGGGGGCCAUCUGGGUUCUCGCUGUGCUUUUCUCUCUGCCUAACACCAGCCUACAUGGCCUCCGGCAUCUGUAUGUGCCCUGUCGGGGUCUGGUGCCUGACUCAGCUGUGUGCACAUUGGUGCGUCCCCGAGUCUUCUACAACUUGGUGGUCCAGACCACCACCCUCCUCUUCUUCUGCCUGCCCAUGGUCACCAUCAGUGUGCUGUACCUGCUCAUUGGGCUGCGACUGCGGAGAGAGAGGAUGCUGCUCCAAGAGGAGGUCGAGGGCAGGAAAUCUGCAGUGACCCGAAAGACCUGCAGCAAAAGAAGGCUUCAGCUUCAAGAUAGGGGACGGAGACAGGUGACCAAGAUGCUAUUUGCUCUGGUUGUGGUGUUUGCCAUCUGCUGGGCUCCAUUCCAUGCUGACCGCCUCAUGUGGAGCUUGGUGUCCCACUGGACCGAGGGCCUGGUCCUGGCCUUCCAAUUUGUGCACGUUGUAUCUGGGGUCUUCUUCUACCUCGGCUCGGCCGCCAACCCAGUGCUCUACAGCCUCAUGUCCAGUCGCUUCCGCGAGACCUUCCGGCAAGCCCUAGGCCUGGGAACCCAAUACCAUCGCCGCCACCAAAGCUAUCAUGGCUCCCAUAACCUCAGCAGAUUGACCACAGGCAGCACCCUGUGUGACUUGGGUUCCCCAAAAAGCAGGGCUGGCCCCUUGGCUGAGGAUAGGGAUCCAGGAUUUCAGCAAGAGACAGAUCCGUCCUGAGUAAAAUCUCAAAGGAGGCUCAACCCCUGGGCCAGAGGGCCCCAGGCAGUCUGGGGAGCUACUGGGAUCAGCACUCUAGUGACUCCCACUCUACCCACAUGUUUGAGUGUUGAGGGAAACAGCAAGAAAAAGAGGAUUGAACCCAGAUUGUCAAAGACUCGCAUUGAGGGCCUGGAAAGCUGACUCUACAGUUAAUGCUUGCUGCUUCCGGAGGACCUGAGAUAAGGUCCCAACAGCCACAUGGCAAUGCUUGCUGCUUCCGGAGGACCUGAGAUCAGGUCCCAGCACCCACGCUGUAGCUCACAACUGCCUGUAACUGCAGCUCUAGCUCAUCUGACAUUCUCUUUUGGCUUCUGAAGGCGCCUGCGCGCGCGUGUCCACAACACGCAUGCAUUUAAAAAGAAACUUUAAAGGAAGACCCACAUUGAGCCAGGCACAUGCUGUACACCCCUCCAGACCCCACAACCCCAGCUAAAUUCUCCCUCACAGAACUAUCACAGCCACCUGGGCCUCGGCAACUAUCCCUCUGAGGAUCCCUCCUUCCACGGGACCUAGUUGUCAUUCUGGUGACUUCGGAGUUUCCUUCCAUAGGUUCUGACCUGUCUUCCCCUCCAGCUCUUCUACCUCAUCCACUGGGCACCAUCUUCUCACCAUGACCCUUCCUGGCUUCUUAGUCUACACUGAAAUCUGAGCCUCAUAGAGCUGCCAGGUGACAGAGGCUCCCAGGGACCCCAGGGAACUCAACCUUUGUCACCAACUUGUUGCCUUGUGGCAUCUAGCAAAUCACCCCUCCUUUCCUUGUUUUUAAAAUGAAGGUGCAAGCCGGGCGGUGGUGGCGC